AUGUCUAGCACUGUGUCAGAGGACUCCUUCGAGUUCAUCGACACCCCCAAAGCUCCCUCGCCUGCUCCAGAAGCUAACAACUACGGUGUGCGGACGACUUCGUAUCCAGCCAUUAAAAAUGCGCCUCUCCCCGCCGAUGGCCCCGGCGCCGAACACUUUAACAACACCUUCCUCUUCCUCCUCCUCGCCGUCAUCCCAGGCUACUUCUCCUACAAAGUCUCGGGUGGGCUGCUGACAUGGAUCUUCUUCGCCAUCCUCACCGCCAUCCCCAUCCUCAUGGCCUUCUGGACCGUCGCCUCUUCCAUGUCCCCACGCCUGAACGAGAAGGCCAAGUACCCGGGCGCACCUAUGGAACACUACCUCACCUUCAAGAAGGACAGCGAUAGGGCCAAGUACAGGGGGAGGAACAAGAUCCCGAUGGAGACGUUUCACGAGAUGUACUUCAAGGGCGAGGUGGACUUCAACGGGGAUGCGUUGGAGGCGCUGGAGUAUAGACAUGACUGGGCCAAUUUCAGGUUCACCCUGAGUUUGUUUUGGUUCUUCUUGACUGGUAUGAUGCCUGAGGUCAUCAUGCACACGCGGUCGCAGGACGAGGAGCAGGUCCGCGAUCAUUACGAUCGUGGUGACGACUUCUACGGCUGGUUCUUGGGUCCUCGCAUGAUUUACACUUCUGGCAUCAUCUCCGACAUCGAGAAGGAGGAGUCGUUGGAGCAGCUGCAGGACAACAAGCUCUCGGUCGUCUGCGAGAAGAUCGGUCUGAAGUCUGGUGAGCGCAUGCUCGAUAUUGGCUGUGGAUGGGGCACCCUCGCCAAGUUCGCUUCGGUCAAUUAUGGCGCUGCUGUGACCGGUGUGACGCUGGGCCGCAACCAGACGGCAUGGGGGAACAACGGACUUCGCAAAGCUGGUGUCACAGAAGAGCAGUCCCGCAUCGAGUGCAAGGACUACCGCGAUAUCUCCGUUCCUGAAGGCGGCUAUAACAAAAUCACGUGCCUCGAAAUGGCCGAGCACGUUGGCGUGCGGUACUUCGGUACUUUCCUCCGACAAGUGUACGACAUGCUGGAUGAUGAUGGUGUCUUCUUCUUGCAGAUCGCGGGGUUGAGGAAGAGCUGGCAGUAUGAGGAUCUGGUCUGGGGCCUGUUCAUGAACAAAUACAUCUUCCCUGGUGCGGAUGCCUCUACACCACUCGGCUUCUUCGUGGAUAAGCUUGAGGGUGCUGGGUUUGAGAUCAAGGGGAUCGAUACGAUUGGUGUUCACUAUUCGGCUACUCUGUGGAGGUGGUACAGGAACUGGAUGGCGAAUAAGGAGAAGGUGGUUGGGAAGUACGGCCAGAGAUGGUUCAGGAUCUGGGAAUUCUUCCUCGCCUGGUCCACCAUCAUCUCUCGUCAAGGUAGCGCCACUUGCUACCAGAUCACGCUGGUCAAGAACAUCAACUCUACACACCGUGUCGAGGGCAUUGCUAGUCAGUUUGGGCUGAAGGGCGCUUAUGCUGCAAGUGUACAGGCUGGCAGGAACCUGUUCACAGCCUCGAAGUAG